AUGUGGUUCGAGAUCCUGCCCGGGAUCGGCAUCAUGGCCGUGUGCUUGGUCAUCCAUUGCGUAGCCACGGCGCACAUCCACAGGUUCAGUAAUGGAGGCAAGGAAAAAAGGGAUGCCUAUUAUCCGUAUCAGUGGAGUUUGAUGCAAAGAGAUAGGCGGGUCUCUGGAGUUAAUCGUUACUAUGUGUCAAAGGGUUUGGAGAAUAUCGAUUAAGGAAGCAUUUUCCUGACUGAUGAAAAAUAACUCCGUCAUACUCAUCUAC